UAAGAGCCAUUUAUCAGUCUAACUCUAUUUUUCACAGGAGGCUGUGGUUAAUGUUGAUUAACGUGUAUGAAACUUUAAGCACGAAUGACAAACACAAGGAGAUUUUUGGAAUAUGAGUCACACAAAACGCUUCGUCAAGCAUGUGGUGUUGUUGAGCUUUGCUCAGUAAUCUGAGAUCGAGAGAAGGCACAGCAGGUGACUCAGAGAAGCAUCUGAUCUGGGCUGAGGACGUGGCGCAUGCGCAGUGCGUCGCUGGGAGUCGAGCGCAUCGUCGGCUGUGCGGAGUGAAGAAGAGCAGCUCCAGCUCCUGGAUGACAGAUGUGAAGCAUGACGUCCUGCUCAGAGAUCUGUGGCUCGGAUUACACUGAGCAGAGCCAUGGCGCCCUCAGCAGCGGUUACCAGGGUUACGGGGUGCGUUCCUACCUGCAUCAGUUCUACGAGGAGUGCACCGCUUCCAUCUGGGAGCGCGAUGAAGAUUUCCAGACACAGAGAUCGCUGAGCCGCUGGAGCUCUGUGCUCUGGAAGGUCUGUCUCGCGCUAGGUGCUCUGAUUCUGGUGGCAGGGUUAUCCGUGCUGCUGGUGGGCUACGCCACGCCGCCUCGACUCGAAGCGUUCGGAGAAGACGAGCUGCUGUUUGUGGACGGCCACGCGGUGCGAAUAGAUUACGGUUAA